CCUCGUCGCAGGAAACUGACGUCACCAAAUCGGAUUUUUGUAGAGGCGGGUUGGAAGAGAAGCUUCUGGAAGAGUCUCUGUGACCUGAGGUUUUGAGGAUCCAAACUACUGUUUCAUACAAGGUUCUCCAUCAAAGACAAACAUGGUCAAAGAAACCGGUUUCUAUGACACAUUAGGCGUGAAAGCUAAUGCCACUCCUGACGAACUGAAGAGGGCCUAUCGCAAACUCGCUUUAAAAUAUCACCCUGACAAAAAUCCUACUGAAGGAGAGAAAUUCAAGCAGAUCUCACAGGCCUAUGAGGUUUUGUCAGAUGCCAAGAAGAGAGAGGUAUAUGACCGUGGAGGUGAAAAGGCUAUAAAGGAAGGAGGGACAGGUGGUGGCGGCGGUGGGGGGAACUUUGCAUCACCCAUGGACAUCUUUGACUUGUUUUUUGGCGGGGGGAGCCGAAUGCACAGAGAGCGUAAAGGGAAGAACAUUGUUCAUCAGAUAACCGUGACGCUGGAAGAUCUUUAUAAUGGAGCUACAAGAAAACUUGCUCUCCAGAAGAAUACUAUUUGUGAGAGAUGUGAAGGUCGUGGGAGUAGAAAGGGAGCUGGACAGAUGUGCAUGUCUUGCCAUGGCACGGGCAUGCAAGUCCGCAUGCACCAGCUGUUACCAGGCAUGGUGCAGCAAGUUUCCACAGUGUGCCACAGCUGUCAGGGCCAAGGACAGAGAAUCAGCAACAAGGACCGCUGCAAAGCAUGCACAGGGCGAAAGAUCCUGCGCCAGAAGAAGAUUUUGGAGGUCCACAUUGACAAAGGAAUGAGAGAUGGUCAGAAGAUUGUUUUCCACGGUGAAGGAGACCAGGAGCCGGGAAUUGAGCCAGGUGACAUCAUCAUUGUCUUGGACCAGCGAGAACAUUCCCAUUUCACCAGGAAAGGAGAGGACCUGGUCAUGUCAAUGGAGUUGCAGCUGGUUGAGGCUUUAUGUGGUUUCAAGAAACCUGUUCAGACACUAGACAACCGAACACUCCUCAUCACCUCACAUCCAGGGGAAUUGAUCAAGCCUGGAGACACAAAGUGCGUCUUGAAUGAAGGGAUGCCCAUGUAUCGCCGACCGUUUGAAAAGGGACGCCUUAUUAUUCACUUUUCGGUGGUGUUCCCACAAGCCAACUUCCUUUCCGAGGACAAACUGAAGAUGCUGGAGCGCUACCUCCCAGAAAAGCUGGAUCCAGAGCAGCCGGAGAGUAUGGACGAUGAUCUCUACAUCUACGCCGACCUGGAGGACUGUGACCUUGACAACAGGAAAAGACGCAAUCAUCAGUACUACUACAUGGAGGAAGACGACUAUGCCAGCCCAGGUGGCGUUCAGUGCCAGACGUCUUAAAUAACCACUGGCCAGUUCUUAAUCCAGAAGCCAUCCCCUCAUCUCUUAAGUAAAGCACCUUUUUUGGAAUUUAGUGCACUUUUUGUUAGCUGUGGUUUUCUUCCGAUCUCAAUCAGAAAACCGUUUCUCAACGGAUGGAGUCGAGUAUCAUAGUUCCAAGAUUAAACUUCUGGGUGAACGGGAGUCUACUUCAUCACCUGGGCUUUAUUUAACUAUUCUUUUCUUUCUUUCUUCUUUUUUUU